CCCGGGGUGUGGUGCGGGAGCCUGGGGAGGCCCUUUGUUCUCUGUCAGGGUCUCCCCGGGAGGGAUGCAGCCACCACAGCUGGUUGGGGCCUGGCUUCACCGAGGACAGUCCCCAUUGUCGUUGGGUAAUUAUUGCUGGGCUGGGACAUGAGGCAGGCAGAGUUGCAGGUCACCCUUAGGGCCCCCCUCUUGCUGCUGGGGCUCUGGGCGCUCCUGGCUUCAGUCCGGUGUUCUCAAGGCCGUCCCUUGUGGCACUACGCCUCCUCCGAGGUGGUGAUUCCCAGGAAGGAGACUCACCAUGGCAAAGGCCUUCAGUUUCCCGGCUGGCUGUCCUACAGCCUGCGUUUUGGGGGUCAAAGACAUGUCAUUCACAUGCAGAGGAAACACCUUCUUUGGCCCAGACAUCUGCUGGUGACAACUCAGGAUGACCAAGGAGACUUGCAGAUGGAUGGCCCAUACAUUCCACCAGACUGCUACUACCUCGGCUACCUGGAGGAGGUGCCUCUGUCCAUGGUCACCAUCGACAUGUGCUAUGGGGGUCUCAGAGGCAUCAUGAAGCUGGACGACCUUGCCUACGAAAUCAAACCCCUCCAGGAUUCCCGCAGGUUUGAACAUGUUGUUUCUCAGAUGGUGGCUGAGCCCAAUGCAACGGUGCCCACAUUUAGAGAUGGUGACAAUGAGGAGACAGACCCCCUGUUCUCUGAAGCAAAUAACAGCAUGAAUCCCAGGAUAUCUAAUUCGCUGUAUAGUUCUCAUAGAGGCAAUAUAAAAGGCCACGUUCAAUGUUCCAAUUCAUAUUAUCGUAUAUAUGGCAAUAUUACAACCUGUUCCAAAGAGGUGGUCCAGAUGUUCAGUCUCAUUGACAGUAUUGUUCAAAAUAUUGAUCUGCGGUACUAUAUUUAUCUUUUGACCAUAUAUAAUAAUCGUGACCCAGCCCCUGUGAAUCAAUAUCGAAUUCAGAGUGCAAUAUUUACCUAUUUUAAAACAACCUUUUUUGAUACUUUUCAUGUUCAUUCAUCCACACUACUUAUUAAAGAUGCACCACAUGAAUCUAACUAUGAACCUGAAAGGUAUAGCUUCUGUACACAUUUAGGCCUAUUACACAUUGGUACUCUAGGCAGACAUUAUUUAUUGGUAGCCAUCAUAAUAACCCAGACACAGAUGAGAAGUAUUGGUCUGGAGUAUGAUGAUAACUACUGCACAUGUUAGAGAAGGACCUCCUGCAU